GCGAGCGAACGCAGUAGAGCAGCAAGUGCGUGUGUCGUUAACGGUUUCGCAUAACAUAAAAGGAUAUGCGGGACGUUUCUUUAUAAUUUCCUGUUUUGGGUUAUGGUUUAUUGACUUUUGAAGAGACACUUUUAUUAUAUUUUUGUUUUUGGAUUAUUGCGCUGUUUAUAUUCAACCGCAAGAUGACACCACUCCUGGUACUCCUCCUCUCAACCCUCCUCACCGCCGUUCCAACCACCACCUUCGGCCUAGGCUGCCCCAGCGGAUGUAGUUGCAACGACAAAACCCUCGUAGUGCAAUGCGAGGGUGGUAAACUCGAUGUCGUCCCCAUAACCUUGAACCCCGCCAUCCAGAGGCUGCUGCUAAGAAACAACAAGAUCAGAGUGGUCGACGCCGCCUUCCAGUUUUACAUGGAUCUUCAAUACGUCGAUAUGUCUGGAAACCAUUUGGUGAGCAUCCCGACCGAGAGCUUCAGGAAUCAACAGAAACUGCAGGAGUUACACCUGAACAAGAACAAACUGAAUAUUUUAAAUAAUACCACGUUCGCUGGUUUGAAGGCUUUGACGGUGUUGAACCUCAGGGAGAACUUCUUGGAGGAGAUUACUAAGGGGGUAUUCUCCAUUUUGCCUAAGCUUGAGGAGCUGAACUUGAGCCAGAACCGGAUAUCGAAAAUUGAGGAGGGAGCCUUUAGUGGACUGCUUAGCUUAAGAGUGCUGUACUUGGAUGAUAAUCUGCUUACUUCAGUACCUUCAAACACGUUUUCUGGUGUAGCUAGCUUAGCUGAGCUCCAUUUAGGCCUAAAUGCUUUUUACACCUUACCAGAUGAAGCAUUUGCAGGCUUAAGCAAGCUAUCUGUCUUAGACCUUGGCAGUGGUGGCAUCAAUAAUAUUAGCCAGCAAGCUUUCAAAGGCCUAACAAGUCUUAGGAACUUAAACUUGGCUGAUAAUCGCCUACAAACAAUACCAACCACCCAGUUAGGGCUUCUGGAGCGGCUAGAGGAGCUCACCAUUGGCCAAAAUAGCUUUGGAGUAAUCAAAAAGGAGUCUUUCAAAGGCCUAAAGAAUUUGAGGAAGAUCGACGUGUCAGGUGAUAAGGAGCUAAAGCAGAUUGAAGCAGGUGCUUUUGCUGAUAACAUGAAUCUCGAGACUAUUAAUAUAGUGGCUAAUAAAAAGCUGGAAAGCUUGGACGAGGGAUCUUUGGGAAGGUUGCCAAACUUGCGCCAUUUGGUUUUAAGAGAAAAUUCCUUACGGACCCUUUUGGAUACCGCCAUAUCUUGGAACGAGCUGAGAACUUUGGAUCUGAGUGAUAAUCCUUUGCACUGUGACUGCCAGUUGCUUUGGCUAGUGGUUUUGAUUAACAAGAGGAAUUUUACUUCAGUUGAAUGUUCUAACCCCACGAGGUCGUUAAAAGAUUUGACUAUGGAGGAUUUGGGUUGUUCUUAUACUGAUCCUAGACAGAGGGCAGCCAUAGUGACCCUCUGUCUUAGUGCUUUGAUUAUACUUGCAGUGCUUGGGCUGUUCUUCUUCAGGUAUCGUUUAAAGGUGCGUGAUGCUUUGAAGGAUUACAAGUUUGAUAAGUCAGCAGAGGUUCCCAAGGAGUCUGAAUAUGAAGAGAAUAUUUACGAAAAUGAUUAUACACUACAUUCAACAGAGAUUCCAGUUAAGUACAGUGGUACUUCUGAGCAUUAUUCGUUUGAGAAUAAGGCUCAGCGUCCCUGGGAGGUACCAGCACCUGCCGGAACCAUUCCAGUGACAGGGUUCACUUAUAUUCGUGCCAAUGAUGGUUGUAGAGUGCAUUCUUUGAGAACUCUUAAAGUCGAUAUGUCUAGUACUAAUGAAUAUGCGGAAUGUCCAGUUGAUUUUUACACUUCAUUAAGGACAAAUGGUGUUGUUUUAGAACCGAAUUAUUAACUCCUAAAUUUAAAUUUGUGAUUGAGGUGAAGUCUGAUAUGCCUGUAAAUUUUUUUAUUAGCUGUGAUACUAGUUUUAGGGCACAUUUACGAUUAUUUUCUUGCACUAUAAAUUCGAAUAAAAACAUAAAAAAUGGCCGUUUUAAUGCGGUAUCUGUUAAAGGUGAAAGCAUUUUUAUCUCUCGUAAGCGGCUAAUUGCCGCACUUAUCUGCACUUUCGGUAUUUUUACAUUUUUGUGCUUUUAAUGCGGAGUUAAUUGAGAAACACAUAAAAUCACUAUGGCGUAUGAUAAAAUGUAUGCACUUUGUUUCAAAAAAAAAAUAAAAAAAAAAACACAACGUAUUGGGUCAAAAGUGCGUUUAGAGUGCUAUGACCGAUAAAAAGUAAUUUAGUGUGUAAAAAUUGCUGUAGAUGAUGUAUAUUGUUGCGAUUUGUAUGUAAAUUAUCUCCUAUUGUAUAUUGUAUAUUUUUUUACUUUAGAUCGAUAGAAUAAUAUAUUUAGUAAAAAUUA